AUGGACCGGAUGCUCGGCCGGAGCCAGGGUGAGGAAUGCGGGAUCAGUGUUUGGCCAUUCGAGGGGCAGGAUGUUGGCGGGUUGGUGUUUGCUCUGCCUCUUGUAUUUUUCCCCCGCUGCCGGGCAGGCGGAGUGGCUGAGGGGAGGGUUGGCGCCGUUGACCCAGGGGGACCGGACCUUGUGCCAUUGGGUGGCCGGGGACGGCUCCGCCAGCUCCUGGAGUUUCCUGGCCCGGCUGCAGGGAGGACUGGUUCUCUUCCAGACGCUGUGGAGCGGGGACGGCGAGCUGGAGCAGUGCACGGUGCGGGAGGAACUCCGCAUCACCCCGCACCUACCUGGCCUUCUGCCUGGAGACGCGGGACAGUCCGGGGCUGGCGGACGGGGUCCCGGGACCGGCAGAGCCUCGGCUGCGGCUCCUGCAGCGACUCGCUGCCGCCCGCUGCAGCCCGACCCCAGCGCUGCCCGCCUUCCCCCGGCGGGGCAAGAGGAGUGGCCCGGCCACAAACCUGGCUCCCUCGGGAACGGGCCAGUGGUGGCCAGGAGGCGCCGCCGGGGUUGGACCGUCCCCGGGACCAUCUGGUGCGGCGCCGGGGACUCGGCAGAAACUUCAGCGACCUCGGAAUUUUCAAGCAGACAGACUUCUGCUGCAGAGAACAUGACCAUUGUGAGCAUAAAAUAUCUGCUUUUGAAUACAAGUAUGGAAUGCUAAACUUCAGGAUGCACACCAUAUCUCAUUGUGAUUGUGAUUAUAGGUUCAAGAAAUGUCUCCUGGAUGUAAAUAAUACCAUGUCCACACUGGUUGAAGUAACAUUUUUCGGCAUACUUCAGGUCCCUUGUUUCACUUUGGAACCAGUUGAGCAUUGUAAUGGGGAAGAGUUGGUUGAGCCGGUAGUUCCAGAACCUGCAACUGUUACAAACCUCUGGAUCGGUGUGAGCACAAGAUCUUGCCACAGGAAUUCAAGUUCUCUCAUUACAACCAGGAGCCCAAGACCCUCUAUCACUGCAACUGUACUAGAAGGCUGGCAAAACGGAUGAAAAGGGGAGCAAAUGUGAAAAUGGUGAAGGAACUGUUCUUUGAAUUUGUGUCGCUGAAUUGUUUCCAGCUGAAGUUGGUGCCAAAGAAUUGCAGCAAAGAAGGACAUGUUCUGUGUGAGAAUCAAUUUGUGGCUAUUCUUUCCAAACCCAAAUAUCUAAAGAGGGUCCUGAAAGUUCGGAGGACUGCAGAGGAAUCCCUGUUUCCAUCACCAGAUGAGCAGGAAAGAAACAAGAAUGGAACAUUUGACAACACAAACUCUGUUAAACUGUAUGACAAGUGUUUACAGAUGAUUCGUGCUUUAACUGUAAAGUCUUAGAGGCUACUUUGCGGGCCACACCAUCAUGGGUUGUGCUUUAUGAAUAUUACAUGGCUCCAUGAGUCUUCGUAGUAGGACAAAGUUACAAGAUAAAUGUUGUGUCUCCACUGUGUAAUCCUGCAAGCUUUACCAUUUCUGUAUCUCAUGUAGCUUAAUUAAAGAAAACAAUUAUCCUAGGUCAGAAACACUUUAAACAACACUCCAACUCUGGUACAGUAAACGGAAACACUCCUGAACGAGAGGCAGAGACAGGAACAGCACAGAGCCGAGGGGAUUGUGCAGGCUUCGCCUUUCUUCUGAGAUCUCCUGCUGUUGUGAAGAUCACGGAGAUGGGGAGCUGGCAAACGAUCUCAAGGGUGGACAGGAGGAGGUUCAGGGAGGUCUUGUUGACAAACAAUCAGGGAAAGGAACUGGCCAGGCCAUCAAAGAAGGGUGAAUCAAGCAGAUGAUUGAGGAAGGAGAUUGGAAAGAUAAGUGGGGAUGGGGCUGAUCAUUUGACUAUUUAGGUGAUUAGUGUAUGUAUAUUUUAAAUGACCACACUUAGUAUCCAGAAAGCAGGACUUCAGUACUUUAUGGACUUCAAAGCAUUCAACAAGGUUCCUCACUGUAGGCUGAUCCGGGAGAUUAAGGCACAUGGGAUCUAUGGAGACUUGGUAGAUUGGAUUCAAAACUGGCUUGGCUGUAGA